GCGGCCGCCAUUACCCCUCCAGCCCAGAGCCCGCACCCAGCCACCUGCCCUCUAGCUCUGAGCUCGCCUCCGGCCGCCCACACCGUCCACCAUGGGAACGGUUCGACGAGUCCGCUGGCGCCGGCGCCCGCGCCCGCGCCCGCGCCCGCAUCCCGGCCGAUUCCAGCCCGGCAGACACCUCAUCCGAGCCGCCAUUUCCUGGUUCUUGGAGUGGCCCGCCGUGCUGCCCACACCGCCCUCACAGCACAGCAGGACAGCCGAGAGCCUGGCGUUGCUGCAGAACCAGCGUGGGCGCCGCGUCUGCUUCCUCGACAUCAGACAGCCCGAGACCCAAAAGUGGGAGAGCGGACGCCAGGCCAUGCAAGACACCCUGCACCUGGAGAAGUGCGUCCACCAGAGCCUCCUCGACCUGCACCAGCUGGCCAUUGAGAGCUGCGACGCCGACCUGUGCCACUGCCUGGGGACCGGCUACCCGGACCAGCAGGUCAAGUUCAUCAAGGAGCUGGAGGACCAUGUCAGCAGCCUGAGCAACGCGGGGUCCCCGGAAGGUGCCCUGGCAGAGUACUUCUCUGACAAGCUCACCCUGGGUGAUGGCGACAAGGAGGACUGAGCCUGGACUGGACUUUCCCCUGAGUCCUGGGUGAGUGCCCACGGUCACCCUGCCUGCCAUGAAGUCUGCAGUAUUGCCCUUGCAGAAUAAGUUCACUUAAGUUUUCCUUCUUUCAGUGUUGCCAGUUCUUCCAGUAAACUAAUUGCUUCCUAAAGAAAUAAAGGUCCCUUGUUGAUUCACGCGUGCAAACCCUUCACCUUUCACGUUUUAAAACAGGUAUCUGGGAGUCUCUUGAGUUACCAAAUGCCCUGUCCACAGGAAGCUCAGCAUCUCCACAGAGGGAGGG